CCCUGGUAGGGGAGGGGUUUGAUACCGAGAUUGGGCACCGGGGGAAGAAUGUCUCCUUUCAACUUUGUCUGUGGCUUGCACCCCCGGAGAAGGCCACACGCCGGUUGUGGGGUGCAGAUGUGCCGAGAGUGAUUUCUAAGUAGUUGAGUUGUUGAGAUGAGGGUACGACUGCUAAUGGUAGGCAGGUUUUGUUUUCAUUGGUGAAUCGGGUGUCAUCAUAUUCCGGUCAUAUGUUGAAAUAUUCUUUGUUUAGGUCUUGAAGUAGAGGAUCUUACUCUGCACGUCCACAUUGUGUUGUUUUUAAAUGAUGUCUCUGCAAGUAUGGCUUUCUAGAAUUUCAGAUGUGAGUUAAGGUCCGGGCGUGUGUGGGCCUCAGCACUGGCCUUGACAGUGAACUUUGUGGCUGUGUUUUGGAUUUCAAAGAUUUACCCCAUAGCUGGGGUGCGAGCUGUGCUCUUCUUUUUUUGUUAAUUGUAAGUGUCAGGAAUGGAGAUGCUUGAGCUGGGGACGUUACAGAAGAACAUUUAUGUGUUAAUAAUUGAUAGUUGAAUAUUAGAAUCAGAUUAAUUUGGGAUGAUGAAAGUUUUUUUUUUUUUAAAGCAGUUAUGCACUCUAGGAAGGAAGCCUUUUCAUAGGCACACUUUAUAGGGGUUCUUUAGGGCGCAGAGCUUGAAUAUCUCCUUUGAGAGAGGAUACUCAUCAGCAUCUGUAGCUUCAUUGAGGGCCUGAUAAGCGGACUGGAACUAGGGCUAAAACAUCUAAGUGAACUUUUCAGUGUUUGUGUUGUUUGUUUACAUUUGAUGUUCACUCUUGUUUGGGCAAUAGGAAUAAAUACUUGAGCUUUUCUUUUGAUUUUUGAAGAUAAGCCCCUGCCCCCCUUUUUUAAGUUUCACAAUUUACUUGGUUUCACAGCAUUAUAGGAAACUGUUACUCCAUUUUUACUGGAAAAACUAUUAUUCAUUUUGAUUUUGUCAUCUGGAAGGAGCUGCCCCAGAAAUAUUCUUCUUCUGCUUACAUGAAGAACUCUAAAUGCUGUCCAACAGGAGGUGCUACAGCAAGAUAAAGGAAACAUGAAUUUUGAGGGUCUUGCUACUUACUACCGCUCUACUUAGCUUCAACUAAGCAGCAGGAUUAACACCUUAAAGCUCCAGAAAGAUUUUGAGGAGCAAGAGAGCUGAAGAAGAGUCAGUUUCCCCCAAACUGCUGCAGUGAGAAGAGGAGCUUGUUACUUUAAACAGAGGCUGAAGAAACUAUAGAAUUAACAGAUAUAAGAAAAGUGGAGAAAGUAGAGGAUGGAGUUGCAGACUCUACAGGAGGCUCUUAAAGUGGAAAUUCAGGUUCACCAGAAACUGGUUGCUCAAAUGAAGCAGGAUCCACAGAAUGCUGAUUUAAAGAAACAACUUCAUGAACUUCAAGCCAAAAUCACAGCUUUGAGUGAGAAACAGAAAAGAGUAGUUGAACAGCUACGGAAGAACCUGAUAGUAAAGCAAGAACAACCAGACAAGUUCCAAAUACAGCCAUUGCCACAAUCUGAAAACAAGCUACAAACAGCACAGCAGCAACCACUACAGCAGCUACAGCAGCAACAGCAGUUCCACCACCACCACACCCCGGCUGCAUCCUCUCCCAGCCUGACCGCUUCACAGAAGACCGUAACUACAGCUUCUAUGAUUACCACAAAGACACUACCUCUCGUCUUGAAAGCAGCAACUGCGACCAUGCCUGCCUCUGUUGUGGGCCAGAGACCUACCAUUGCUAUGGUGACCGCCAUCAACAAUCAGAAGGCUGUGCUCAGCACUGAUGUGCAGAACACACCAGUCAACCUCCAGACGUCUAGUAAGGUCACUGGGCCUGGGGCAGAGGCUGUCCAAAUUGUGGCAAAAAACACAGUCACUCUGCAGGUUCAGGCAACACCUCCUCAGCCCAUCAAAGUACCGCAGUUUAUCCCCCCUCCUAGACUCACUCCACGUCCAAACUUUCUUCCACAGGUUCGACCCAAGCCUGUGGCUCAGAAUAACAUUCCUAUUGCCCCAGCACCUCCUCCCAUGCUUGCCGCUCCUCAACUCAUCCAGAGGCCCGUCAUGCUGACCAAGUUCACCCCCACAACCCUUCCUACCUCCCAGAAUUCCAUCCACCCCGUCCGUGUCGUCAAUGGGCAGACUGCAACCAUAGCCAAAACGUUCCCUAUGGCCCAGCUCACCAGCAUUGUGAUAGCUACUCCAGGGACCAGACUUGCUGGACCUCAGACUGUACAGCUUAGCAAGCCAAGCCUUGAAAAACAGACAAUUAAAUCCCACACAGAAACAGAUGAGAAACAAACAGAAAGCCGCACCAUCACUCCACCUGCUGCGCCCAAACCAAAACGGGAGGAGAACCCUCAGAAACUUGCCUUCAUGGUGUCUCUAGGAUUGGUAACACAUGACCAUCUAGAAGAAAUCCAAAGCAAGAGGCAAGAGCGAAAAAGAAGAACAACAGCAAAUCCAGUAUACAGUGGCGCGGUCUUUGAGCCAGAGCGUAAGAAGAGUGCAGUCACAUACCUGAAUAGUACAAUGCAUCCCGGGACCCGGAAGCGAGGUCGUCCUCCAAAAUACAAUGCAGUGCUGGGGUUUGGAGCCCUUACCCCAACAUCCCCCCCAUCCAGUCAUCCUGACUCCCCUGAAAAUGAAAAGACAGAGACCACAUUCACUUUCCCUGCACCUGUCCAGCCUGUGUCCCUGCCCAGCCCCACCUCCACAGACGGUGAUAUCCAUGAGGAUUUUUGCAGCGUGUGCAGAAAAAGCGGCCAGUUGCUCAUGUGUGACACGUGUUCCCGUGUAUAUCACCUGGACUGCCUAGACCCUCCUCUGAAAACGAUUCCCAAGGGCAUGUGGAUCUGUCCCAGAUGUCAGGACCAGAUGCUGAAGAAAGAAGAAGCAAUUCCAUGGCCCGGAACUUUAGCAAUUGUUCAUUCCUAUAUUGCCUACAAAGCAGCAAAAGAAGAAGAGAAACAGAAAUUACUUAAAUGGAGUUCAGACUUAAAACAAGAACGGGAACAACUAGAGCAGAAGGUGAAGCAGCUCAGCAGUUCUAUAAGUAAAUGCAUGGAAAUGAAGAGCACCAUCCUGGCCCGGCAGAAGGAGAUGCACAGCUCGCUGGAGAAGGUCAAACAGCUGAUCCGCCUCAUCCACGGCAUCGACCUCUCCAAACCUGUAGACUCUGAGGCCACUGUGGGGGCCAUCUCCAACGGCCCGGACUGCACCCCCCCUGCCAACGCCACCACCUCCACGCCGGCCCCCUCCCCCUCCUCCUCCUCCUCGCAGAGCUGCACAGCGAACUGUAACCAGGGGGAAGAGACUAAAUAACAGAGCCCUGCUAGGAGAAGCCACGGGAUCCCGGUGGCCAGGAGAGCAAAACACUGAAGACUCUAGAAAAGCAAAGCCGGAUUUCUUCUGGAAAGUACAGAAUUCUUUUGGUUCUUUGGUUCCAGAGAGAGAGAAGAUGCUUGUGCCAGGUGGCACCAGAGUUUGCCAAUUGAUCCUUCUUAUUCUGUGUGUACAUGCAAAGAUUGGACCAUGUUACAUGAAAUAGUGCCAGCUGGAGGUUCUUUGCCAGCACCAUGCCAAGUGAAAUAAUAUAUUUACUCUCUCUAUUAUACACCAGUGUGUGCCUGCAGCAGCCUCCACAGCCACGAUGGGUUUGUUUUUGUUUUGUCGGGUGGGGAGCAGGGACGGGCGGAGGGAGGAGAGAGCAGGUUUCAGAUCCUUAUUUGCCGAGCCGUUUGUUUAGGUAGAGAAGACAAGUCCAAAGAGUGUGUGGGCUUUCCUGUUUCUAAACCUUCACUACUAUAAAACCAAAAAGAGGAAAUCGAGAUUUAACCAACCCCAGUGCCCAGAGGAGGGAUGGGGAGGGAAGGGGAGGGAGCCGGGGUGGGAAGAGUAUAUCAAAUAAGCAGUAUUUCAUAUUGUCUGGGGUGGGGGCGGCGCACGGAGAGACGGACGCCGAGAACAGCCGCCGGCUUCUCCAGAGCAGUCUGCUCCCCCGCCGUGGGCACCCCCACGCUCCCCAAAUUCCUUCCCUGCUUUGGCAAAUGGGCGCCAUCCCCGUGGAUGAUCCGGUUAACCUUCCCUCUCCAAGAACAAGCAGAGCCGGGCCUCAGGGGGCCCUUGCCCGGGGCAGGGAAGAAGGGGGUGUGUGUGUGUGUGUGCACGCGCGUGUGUGGUGUGUGUGUGUGUGUGUGUGUCGAGGAAGGAAAAAAGGUGGAUCAGUGAUUUUACUUGAAAACAAGCUCCAUCCCUUUUCUAUAUUUAUAAGAAGAGAAGAUCCUGAGCGAAGCAGCACGCGACCCAGGUGUGUGUGAAUUGAAUGGAGACGUUUCUUUUCUCUCUUUUUUAAAUUUUUUGUUUUUGUUCUUUUUCUUUCUUUUGAAAAAGAAGUUUUAUUUUGUUGUUUCUUUUACUUUUUUGGUAACAAAAACUAAAAUAAGGAAUAGAAAAGCUGUUUUUCAGGCUGACAGUCCAAUUAAGGGUAGUCGAGACCUUGCAUGGUAGACUAGGAAUCAUAGUGUCAGUGAGGUCCAGUGAGUCUGUGUGAGUCCUUGUGUCAUCGUUCGGGGCACUGUUUUUUUAUGCAAGGGCAAAAAUCUUUGUAUCUGGGGAAAACAACAACAACAACUUUUUUUUUUUAAUUAAAAAGGAAAAUAAAAAGAUAUUGAGGUCUUCCUAGUGUUACUUAAAUUAAGAUCAAGGUAAGAAACAUUGUAAAAAAAAAAUUACAAAAGUGCUAUUUGUUUCCUAAAAACAGUGAUUUCUAUUAAAAAGGUGUCAGAACUGGAGAAAAUGCUGUGUAGUUAUAAUUUUUUAGCACAGAACCUGCUGAUCAUGAUGACAUUUUGCUGUGUUUGUGUCUCAAGACUGGUGGGCUAGUCUCCAGGAUUUCUGUCGUCCCGACGACGGCGGUGGCCCCCAAAGGGCAGGGGCGGAGCUCCCACCUGUCUCCCCUCCUCAGCAAAGACUGUCCUCUCUUCCUGGUGCAGGGAUCUGGGCUCCUGUUUCUGCAGCCCAGACGCAGUGUGGAUGGUAUCAGGGUCCUACCUGUUGUCUCCUCGGAUUUUGUUAGAGCCGAAGGCUGGUGCCUAAAUAAGAUCCCUUCCUUUGGUGCUGCUCCUGGUCUUUCAGCCACCAGCAUUUUGAGUGCCUGGGGGACACAGCUGUGAAGGAAACGGCCAGGGAAGCUCAGUGGUGCUUAGACAGAACAAGGGAGUGAGAGGUCCUGAAGUACGUGGUGUCUCUGAGAUCGAGAGCCCCGGGGCCGCCUUUGUGUCUUCUUGCCUUUGAAGAGAGGUUGGCAUCUCCAGUGCUUUCUCUGCCCACUGACUCCAGGCACUGGAGAUGGGGGUUGACUCUGCUUUGCCCACCCACCAGCUUCCUUGGUGACCUUUGGCUAGAACACUGUGCUGUGCUUGGCUUGGCUUGUCUCCUUCUUGAGAAAACCAGGGUUCUGGAAGGCUCGGACCAUUUCUGUCAUCUUGCCUUGUGGGAAGGAAGUUCUGGUAAGCGCGGGCUCCCACACACUCUGCCCAUUGUGCGUGUCUGGCCACAGGAGGGAGGCAGAGGCUCUGGGCCCCAGCACUCUCAGAACGUCUCUCCCAAGCCGGCCCUGUGCCCCCGAACGGCCAGAGUCUUGGAGGGGCGGAAAUCGGCCCACUGGUUUCUCCCCCACCUAGUUAGGCCCAGAAAGACACAGAUGAGUCCUGAAAGCAACUCCAACAGGGAAAUACGUCUUACUCUAAACCUGUCUCAUCUCUACCAACCGCUUCCGUUCAUCUUCCCUGGAUGUUGGAAGAGGAGGUUAAAAGGGGCUGCACAGGCCUCAGAGUCAGACCUGUGAGGUCACCUGAGGAGGGAUGAAAGGAGCUCCCUUUUCUCAUGCAAAACCCAAGGUGCUAUGUCUAGUCAGGGAGCUUCGGGCGGGUGGUGCCUGGACUAGUUGGAGGAAUAGUUGGCGGAGGUUCAGAGCCCAGAGGCAGGCUGUGUGCCCUGUCUUCAAGCCCUCCCAUUUGACUUGUCUGGGCCCAGAGACCGAGGGUUGCCACCUAAUACCUAUCUUCUUGAAGGAAGUUGGGGGAACUGUCCUCACUAGAGGCCUUUGCUCAGAAAGGAGCUGCCAGGGAUUCUCAGGGGUGGGGGCCGGGGCUAGGAACUGACCUGGGCCUUGCUAGCUGCUGUGAGGUGUCACACUCUGCCCUUGCCUAGGGUUGGCCUAUGGAUUCUUCCCCAAGUUCAGAUAUAAGCUGUUUUGCAGGUCAGCUAGUCUGGAGUGGAAAGUGCAGCCUGCCCCCAAGUCUGCAUACCGGACUCAAAUCCCCAAACGCCUUUACUGCAAAGAAAAGUCCCUAAUCACCCAGUCUCAUCCUACCAAGAGAAGACCCUCUCUGUCCCUCCAGACCUAUGGGUCCCUGUGACCAUGACUGCCCCACCAGAGCUGCCUCCACCUCCCUCUCCCUCCCUCCUGCUUUUGCUCAGGCCCAGGUGUGGCCGCUGACAGACACAUCUGAGCACAGCUGGCUUGCAGUCUCUCCAGAGGCCAGAGAACAGCUGGUCUGAGACUAGGAAGGAGCUGCCCCCGCUGGGCCCUGGAUCAGGAGACCCCUUGGCAGUCCUGUGGCUCAGGUGCUGUGCCUGGGAGGCAAGUGAGGUCAUGUUGCCGUCAUCGACCCUGCUCCUGUCCUUGCCAAUGUGGCCUGCGGGCCCUUUUUCUUUCCCGGAGUCUGCUGGGUUUUGUCUCGCCUCUGCUGAGCUCAUCCGGAGUUCUGCUUGCUUCCAUCCUUAUUGGACCGUUUGGGGGCAGGCCUGGCAGGGAAACCCAGCUCAGGGCAGCCCCUCGUGGGGCCUUAACCUGUGUGGGGCCUGUAACACAGCCAUGGCAGCCUCCAGCUAUCACCCUGUGAGUGCCCUGUCUCCCUGCAGGCCCUGCCUCUGUCCCUGCUGCUUCCUGGCUCAGGCUCAACAGGCGCGUUGCUGGGCGCAAUGGCUCGCCCCGCGCCCCUCCCUCUCUGGUGAGGGUGGCCCAUCUCCAGCUCCCCUGCGCUCUGUGUGUGCAGUUGCCUCUCCGACACUUCCUCUCUUGGGGCCAGCAGAGCCUUCCUGGGCUCUUGUCCCAACCCAGGACGCUCACAACACACUCCAAAUGGUUUCUUCAUUCCCUUUUAAGGUGUCGGUCUUUCUUAUUUAUCCAAAGGGCUUACCUUAGGAGACUCUUACCCCAGGGGCAGAAGGCUCUCGGGCACUAGGAUAGAUGGUGGCCCAGGUACAUUUUCCAGGCCCGGCAUUUUCCAGGUUCCAUGGCUUCUUUGGAUGGAGGCAGCCUUGCUCUGUGUAAGACUGUGGACCUCACCCCACCCCUCAGCUGGGCACCCUUGUCAGGAAACAGGAGACCCUUUCUCACCCUGAUUUCCAGCCAUCCUCAGUGUCAGCUCCUUUUUAAGAAGUGUGUGUGGGGGGCCUCUGAGAAGAUUCCUCUGGCCCUCCAAGAGUGAGGGGAAGCUGGGGGUCACCCCUUCGGAGAGCCCAGGGGGAGCUCCUAGAAUUAGCCCUUGUGAAGGAAGAGCGGGGCACACAGAUGGACUUCACUCCCGGCUCCCAAAGGCAUCUCUUCCCCGAGGACACCAUCCCCCACGGCAGCCUCUGGCCCCUGCCCCUCGCUCUAGUGUCGCUGGGUCCUCAGCCCAGGGUCAGUUGCAGUCAGGCAGGACAGGACGGGCAGCCAGAGGUCAGCACGCUCUGAGCAGAAAAGAGCCAGCCAGCCCCCAACCUGUCUCUCGUCCACGACCUUUGUGAUUUCAGUCUUGGUAGAACUUGUAUUUGGAGUUUUGUGCUUCAAAGUUUUUGUUUUUGUUUGUUUGAUUUUUGUUUUGAGGGGGCGGGGGGGAUACAGAGCAGCUGAUCAAUUUGUAUUUAUUUAUUUUAACAUUUUACUAAAUAAAGCCAAAUAAAGUC